AGGCGCGCAUUCACCAGCAGUGCAGCUGCUGUUGAUGAUCAGUUUUGUUGCGCUCCCACUGCUGGCCUUGCCGCCAUUAUUGCAACGGUUACAGUCGGUGACGCUUCCCCUGUUCGGCACGGCCCAAGCCUUCUUCCGCCUGUCUUCUUUCUUCUUAGCCUUUAGGCAUACAAUGGCAUGUAGUCGUAAUCAGAAGCGAAGCAGGCAACAGCAUCACAAGUGCUGCCAUGAUAUAGCCUGCUCAAAAUCAAAUGCGAGCCACUCAGAGGACGCUGAAGGAUGUUGGGUGAGUCAAGCCGGAGCAGAAGGCUGGAGAGUACCCAUCAGUGUUACUUACUACACGACGUAACGUUACAGUACCCGGCACCAGCCAGGUAACACAUCGGCCUUGGUUGAACUUACUUACUUGAUGUUGAAGUGCAGUGCGUGAGGACGCCUGACUGACGGUUUUGGCGAUUGGGCAGGAAGAACCUCAGCCCAGCAGCUCACAGAUCUACCCAUGCGUUGCUAGCGACCCAUUACUCGGCAUUGGCGUUGGUAGUAUGAACGCUUGCUAAUAGUCGAGUUGUUUAUCGCUAGCUGGUCAUCCUUUUGGCUUGUGCGUGCAGAACAGGAAGGAUUUCUUCUCCAUAUGCCGUGACUCUACAUGUUGCUGCAAUUCAAGCGGCAAGUCAAGGCAAUGAGUCGUGGAGAAGAGUUCACUUGCUGCACUCAGGACUGUCCGACAUGAUGUUGCCUGGGUCUACAACUACAGUACAGGACGGUGUCCAAGUCGGAGAAAUGCAGCGGCCACACGUGUUGAGUGUACAUAGCAACACUGAAUUUUGUGAUAGUGUGAUUAUGUCAGUGCACCUGAGUACUAGUAGUACUAGUAGUAGUACACUGUAGUAUCCUGAGAGCCCUGGCAAGACUUCACCUAGACUGUUGGAACGUCCAGUAUCCAGUACAGUAUCUGUGUCCAUGGUGUGUACGCCAUCCACUACUAAUACUAUUCUGAGUAUUCAUCACUACAACCGGGUCAACCCUCCACACAAUGCAGCAUAGCUAUGCACUUGUAACAGUAUGUGAGUGGUUGUACACAAUCAUGUAUGGCAUUGUACAUUGCUGUACGUUGUCCUGCAGUCCUGCAGUCAAUUGAGAAUGCAAUGGGAGAAAGAAAGGAGAAUGCUGAGAGGUACUUCCCCCGGCUGCCUCCAUGCUGAACCCAUUAGCUAUUCAGCUACGCUCUUUGCACACUGCACACACUGCUAUGGACUGCAAGCAACAUAACAGAACAGUCUCGAUUGAGGACUUGAAAGGGCUUUUAACUCAGCAACAAAGUGGAUGAUCUUGUGGCUGUGAGUGGAUAAGUGGCUCAGGACACCACACCUAGAUUGGCCUAGAAACCAGUAUUCUUUUGGACGGACAUUACAGAAUCUUGCAUUGCUGCUCCUGCUGCUGCUGCUGCUCCUACUGCUGUGCUGUGCUGUGCGUGCGUAGCACUGGCUAGGAUAUGGAGCUACAGUACAGCCUACAGGUGCCAGUGCUGGUAGUAGUACGUUAGCCUAACUACCUUCCCCAUUGCAGCGCAGCUGAGUGCAAGUACUCGUGUCUGUUGGCUGUGGCUGGUAGUCUGAUAUUCCAUUCCGGCAGGGCAUCAGUGGACUGUUUGCAGACCACCAGGAGAACACGGAGAAGGGAGAGGGAGAGAGUGAACACUCACAAGUGCAGCAAGAAACCCCUCAUCCAUGCGUCUGUGGCCAGUGGUCAGUCCGCUGUGAGUAGAUCCUACCUGCUACCGUGUGUGUACAGCAGCUAUAGUAUUAGCAUGUAUAUGUAGUUGGAGAGACAACACACUGCUGCUAGUAGUAGUAAAGGCUCGCAUUGCUCUUGGAUCAGUAUUCAUUUCCCGUUGGAUGCACCCAGACCCCCAUUGCCAAGGCCAUUGUUGGAUCAGUAUUCAUUUCCCGUUGGAUGCGCCCAGACCCCCAUUGCCAAGGCCAUUGUUGGAUCAGUAUUCAUUUCCCGUUGGAUGCGCCCAGACCCCCAUUGCCAAGGCCAUUGAUGGUGGCAAUGUGAGAUGCAUGCACCAGGACACAUACUCUACUGUGUCUACGACAACGCUGCCAAACUCUGCAGCAGAAGUACUCUACCGUGUCUACGGCAACGCUGCCGAACUCUGCAGCAGAAGUACUCUACCGUGUCUACGGCAACGCUGCCGAACUCUGCAGCAGAAGUACUCUCCGCCUGUCGCUAGCAAGGUCUGAAGCAGAAUGGCGUGCUGUAGUGCAUUGGCGAAAAUGGUGCACGUGCUGAUGCUGACGGUGAUGCUGGUGCUGAUGCUCUGCUGCCACAUGUCUUCAGCACAACUUGCAAUACCCGUUCCAUCAAGGCUCCGUUUGGUUGGCUGCUAUCAAAACCUUCCUGUUGUGUUUGGUCCGGGCAGUGGUGAUGCAGAAACUACUGUCACUACUCUUGGACCUAGCAUGAGUAGCAGCAGCAGCAGCAGCAGCAGCAGCCACCACAGUGGACAGCAGCAGCCAUCCACGGUUGUUACACUGAGUGCUGAUAGUAACACUGUAGCCAUGGUAGCUGUUGACCCUAGUCCAGCAGCCAGGGUUCUGCAGUGUGGGGAUCCGUGCUUGGCGAGAGGCUAUCCGUUCUUUGCAGUGUACGUCGGAAAUAGUGUUUCCAGCGAGGAUAACGCCAACGUUGAUGUUGCUGGUGCAACUAGCAGCGCUGGUAUGCAGCAGCUGAAGUGCCAAUGCGGACAUGACAUUGAUGGAGAGCUGACACGCCGGAGUCAGUGCGUUGGUGACAGUGCUACUGGCAGUGUGCAGGUUAACGUGUACAUGCACCAGCCAGGUCUCAGUGGCAAUGUUACCUGGGGUAGAGGCCUUCGAUCAACGUUGUCAUGUUAUGGCUUUCCCAUCAAGUCGGACAAGUUCCUUUUCAUUUGGUUCCGACUGAGUAUGACGGAUGGGUUUGCCCAGUUCUCUAACGUGUCCGGGGAGCCUGGCAAGUACACUGUGACUGCUGCUGGAGACAUUGAUGUUGCUACAUAUGUCUGCUCCGCCAGGUACUUGCAUGGUAGCAGUGGCAGUGCAAGUACUCUUGCUACAUUUACAAUGGGUUCUAAGCACGCUACUGUUACUCUAAUAGAUCCACCAACGGUGCAGAUUGUUUUCCCAGCUGAUGACAUACAGUUUGUCUUGGCGGGAUCAACAGUGCCGUUUGUUUGUCAGGUCACUGGAGACAGCGGUGUGUUGCAUCAAAGCUGGGAGAGAACUGAACGAGGUGAACAGCAUAAGCUACACCACUUGCAGCAAAGUGACUCCUUCCAGCUGGGCCCGGUGACGAACGAGCAUGAAGGCAACUAUUCCUGUGUGGCUCAGCGUGACGGAUUGGACCAGCAUGUCCGUGAUACAAUGCAGCUGAUUGUUCUCGAACCGCCGCGUAUUGCUGUAUCUGGGAGCAGUGAGCUGCUAGGCAUACUGGGCACACGCAUCAGUUUGAACUGUUCUGGAGUGUUUGAGUAUGAUCUUGGCAUGGCUGGACUGCAUUGGAAUAAGACUGAUAGUCUGUGCUCACCAAACCAACAACCAGUCUCUCUGCUGACCAGUACUGGCUCCACGCAGAGACAGACCACCACCACCAGCAGCAGCAGCAGUAGCAGCAGCAUUCAGUCACGACCAGCAGGUUCGUACACAAUCUUCUCAGAGCACCACAUAGGCAGUGUGGAAGUCAGUGAUGCUGGUCGCUAUGCAUGCACUUCAUCAGCAGAGUCGCUAUCAGGAUGUCUGGCACACGACUAUGUGGAUUUGACUGUAGUUGAGCCUCUGCUUCUGACUACACAGUUGUCUCAUCGAGUAGUGCAGGAGAGCGUGACCACCGAUGUUAUCUAUGUCUACUGCCGCCAGGAAACUGCCAUCAGCAAAACAGCUCCAUCGUACCCGGUGAUAGUGCAGUGGUUGAAGAAUGGCAGACCCGUUGAUCCACGCCGUCGGCAAAGCAGUAGGGAUGGCCUGCAAGGAGCUACUCUGGUCUUGACACGACCAACAAAGCAAGAUGCUGGACAGUACCAAUGCUUAGUUAGAUAUGCCAGCAUGCAGGAUAUGCGAGAGAAUUGGUUUGCCAGCACUCCCGUGUCUCUCUACGUUGAUGUUGCACCAAGCCUGCACAUCUCACCGCCGUCAAACAUAACUGCUGCAUCCCGCUCAGAUCUUGCCCUAGUCUGCACUCUGAGCAGCUCAAACAGUGGACCAAACACCACUAUUGCCUGGUCAAGGCUCAUGUAUGGUGUGAAUGUCACUCUAAUUAGCACCAGGGUCUCUGAUGCUGAUGUUGCUCAACACUCAGCCCAGAAUCCGCUGUCCCUGACAUUGCAGCUAGCCGAUGUUAACCAGCGAGAUUCCGGCAUCUACUUCUGCUCUGCUUACGACCCUAGCAUAGUGCAGGUAAUGCUGCGUCGCACUGUCAACACAGCCUACGUCGACGUUCUUCAAUCAGAUGGAGAUGGAACAGCAACUGCUGCGGAUCUCGGUAAUGAUGAUGAUGUUUCUGGUGGCAGUGAAGUGCAAGGUGGUAUCGGCGAUGCAGGCCAGGAGGAUGUUACUGUACCAGAGCUAGACAGUGCCAGUGGUGGAGUAGCUACUACUGGUCGCCACUACGUCUUGCUGGCUGGGGUAUUCGCUGGCUUAUUCGCUGUCUCCUUACUACUCAUCAUUGCACUCCUACUCAGCAAGAGAUUCGCCAAAGACGAUGAAGAAGCCGAUCAAACUUGCACGAAAGGAAUACAGAGCCCAAGUUUUUCUCCAGAUAGCAAACAUACUCGACGAGGUUCAGUCCGACGCUACCUGCCUGUUGCCCUGAGAAAUGCGUUCUCCAGUCGCUCUCCGCCGAGCAAGAGCAAGAGCAAGAGCAAGCGGCAUGGCAAUGGCGAUGUAGGGGGCAUACCGCCGGACACAGAAAUUGCAUCGUCCAGUGCUAAUCAUGAGAACACUACACGUACAUCUCCAGCAUCAGCAUUUCAGGAGCGCUCGUCUCUACGUCACAGCUCCUCUAGGAUGCAGCAACAGCAGCAGCAGCAUCCAGUGAAAGUAGAAACCUCUGCUCAUGCACGCCAUUCCAGUCUAUCUUCACUGGUGGCCCGGCGGCAGAAUUAUGAAAUUCCUGUUGAUCAAGUGCUAAGUGAGGAGAACAGCUUCCGGCCAAAUACCACCUCUCACGGCUCAUUGCCUCUUCCGAUAGCUAGUGGUGACUUGAUGAUCUAUGAUGAUACCAUUGUGACUGCGAAACGAAACACGCUUCCAGCAAAGAUGCCCGCCCAGAUCAUGCCUAUGCCAAUGCUGGAGUACGAUGACAUCAUUGUGGAUAAGGACCCAGCUAAUCCAGUUGUCCUUGCGCCUACACCUGCUGCUACGACUGCUGCUACGGCUGCUGCUGCUGUACGUAGUGGUAGUGGUGGUGAUUGGCAGAGUCUGGAGUCGUUUCUCUCUGCAGCCAUGCCAACAGCAGCCAUGCCAACAGCAGCCAUGCCAACAGCAGCCAUGCCAACAGCAGCCAUGCCAACAGCAGCCAUGCCAACAGCAGCCAUGCCAACAGCAGCCAUGCCAACAGCAGCAUCACCAGUACUAGAAGUGGAUAAUGGACUUCAAGCCCCUAGUCCAGACUAUGUACCAAUGAGUACUGUUUUACCAGCACAUUUUUUGCCGAUGGUUGGUCGAGAAUUCUGGCCAGAGAAUCUUAUGUUACCAGCAACACCAUCAGCAGGCUCUUUCCUAGAUGCUUCACCGUCAACAAGUCAGCUAUUGUUUGAUUCUGCAGGCCCGGACCAAAUAGCCCCAGCCUACAAUACUCGUAGUACGUUAUCAGCAUCCUGGAAAGGGGAAACUGUUGUUUCUUCUGGUCGGAAUAGUCGAUCAUAUAGCAGAACGCCAACACCAUCAAACCAGGGCAUGCUGGGACUUCAGAACUUGCGAGCAGCACUUGAGCGUGAUGAUGGUGUUACAUAUGAUGUACCCGAGCAGCAAGAAGCAAAACAAACAACUGCUGCGAUCGGAGAACGAGUGUAUGACACACCAGACAUUCAUUUCGAAAACGACAACACAUCCUUUGUGAAAUUAUCUACGGACAAUGGCGUGGACAUUGGUAGUGAGAAGGUCCAAGAUGAUCAUGAGCACCAACACCGCAGCGAUGGUGGUGGCCGUGGCGACAGCAGCGGCGAUGGUGGUGGUAGUGGUGGUAGAGUUGUGGAUGAACCCAGACGCAGGUGGCCACGUCUCAGUUUAAAGCGUAGCGGUAGCAAGCGUAGUACAAACUCCACAGCACACACAUCGACUGGGGCUAGCGUUGACGUGACUGAUGAUGCGGCACAAGCUAAAGUUAUGAAGGAAGUGUCCAAGACGGUGGGAUCAUUAUCCUGGUUAAUUCACUCAGCAGCGGGUCUGAUUGGGCGGGCUAGGUCGUCAACGGCAACACCAGUACCAUCAGCAUCAAGACCAGUUAGUAGUAAUAGUGCGGAUACGUAUGCUAAAAGCAAGGACGGCAGCAACACCACCUUCAACCGCCAUCAGCAUGCAGCAGCCAUGGUGACAAGGAAUAACACCAUGACUAGCUCCACUCAGCAUACAUCACCUACUACUGGCAACAACAACGGAGUAAGGACAGCGUACGUUCCAGGUGCAGCAACACGACCGAGAUCAGCUGGUGCUGACAGCUAUGAUGUGCCGUUCAAUGCUAUCAAACCAUCAUCACAGCCGGCCGCCUCAUCAACACUACCUGUUACGUCAACUAGCAAGAAAUCAUUUGGAAUGAAAUCCCCUGCUCACUACUAUAACAAGCUCAAGUUUCAAAUGGAUCCGGAUUCAGCAGCAGCACUAGCAUCAUCCAGAGCGGCACAGGUUGCAGAGAAGGAUGAUAGUGCGGCAGUAUACACUGAACCACUUCAACAACAGCAGUACCAAGAACCACCAUCAAAUGAAGCUGCUAUCUAUCAGACACUAAGCAAUCAACGCUAUCGCCAUAUUCACCCUGAUCAUAUACGUAUGAAACAGGAGAUUGGAUCCGGGAGGUUUGGACUAGUCUAUCGUGGCCUGUGGAUUGAUGGUGACUGUAGAACUGAUGUUGCUGUCAAGACGUUACGUAGUGAUGUGGAGAAAAGAGACCGAGUUCUGUUCCUACAGGAGGCAGCCAUUACUGGCCAGUUCCAACACAAGAACAUUGUGCAACUACAUGGUGUAGUCACCCAUCAACGAACGAUCUUACUUGUAUUUGAGUUAAUGACUGGAAACUUACGACUUUAUCUGAACAAGAUAGCUCCAAGUGAGGGUAGAGAAGCACCAAGUGAACUUCAGCGUCGCUUGAGACGUAUGUGUGCUGAUGUAGCUAGUGGCAUGGCAUACCUCACAGAGCGUGGCUUUGUACAUAGGGACUUGGCUGCUCGUAACAUCAUGUUGGAUGAGUUGAGUAAUUGCAAAGUUGGAGACUUUGGCAUGUCGCGUAUCGUAGAUGAAUGCGACUACUACGUAUGUCAAGGCGGUGUUAUCCCUGUCAAGUGGAGCUCACCUGAAGCUAUUCUCUAUCGCCAGUUCUCCAGUGCUAGUGAUGUCUGGUCAUUUGGUAUUCUCAUGUAUGAAGUCUGGACCUACGGUGUCAAGCCAUAUGGAAACUGGACCAAUGAGAAGGUAAUCAAAGAACUUAAGAACGGAUACCGCCUGUCUUGCCCAUCAGACUGCCCGUUUGAGAUUUUCUGCUUGAUGGAAGCUUGCUGGGAGGAAGACAAACACGAGAGGCCAUCAUUCCCUGAAAUUGUCAAUCUCUUGCAAGAAAUUGAUGAGCUUUUCCGGCAGCGAGAAAGACAGACGCAGCAGCAGUAGCUCCAGCAACAGCAGCAGCAGCAACAGCACAAGCAGUAGCUCCAGCAGUAGCUGCAGCAGCAGCAGCAGCAGCAGGACAAGCAGCAGCAGCACAAGCAGUGGUAACAGUAUUUAGUAAGUAGUUUACACUAGCCGGCUGGCAAGUACUCUCUGUAGUUUGCUCAUGACCCAAGGGACGGAUGGAAUUUCAGAGUUGCGUAAUCAUGGUUGUGAUUCCAUGUCCAAGUCAUGUGACAUGACUGAACUGUAACCAAGUCAUGUGACAUGACUGAACUGUAAUGAUGCUAAUGUCAUCUUGUAUACAGCAACACUGCAACACUGCUAAGUGUUAGCUUGUUUGCUGUGUGCAGGUAUGAGUAGUUGACAGUUGUGUUUAUGAUAAUUCUGCUCACAAGUUGAUUAUACUAACUGCUGGAUCUCACGUUAAAAUUACAUGGUAGUACUAAACUGGGAAUGGCGUGCAUUUAAUCUGACCGCCAAUCUCUAUGAACACCAAGUCCUGGCUUUGAGAACAUAGCAUGACAUCUGCUGAGCGUAUUAUUAUUAUUUACCAAACAAGGCAACUAGCAUGGUAUAAUAUUAAUAGCCAAUUUUCUGAUUUUCUAAUAAUUUCGUCAUGAUUUGUUUGGCUUAAAGAGCAGUUGAGUUUGUGACAUGAGUUUUAAUCAUUCUGCGUUGUAGAAUUCUUCUGAUAUUCAUGUGUACCCAUUCUACCUCUGUUAUGAUUUUGGUUUGUUGUGUUAUUUUUUGACGUGGAUUGACACACACCAUAACAGUCUGA